UCUAUCUUCACAUUUACUCAACGCUGUUACCGCUUGAGGUGUGGGGAACACGGCGCAUACUGUUUGUGUGUCAUCUACUGAGAAAGCGCCGACCGAAACUGAACUUGCGCAAGGCAGACGACAUUACUACGGCAUGAAGGUGCGGCCAAAAAGGUGUGACUCAGCGAUAAAUGGAGCGUUUAGCAUCUGAUGAAUGACUAGCGUGAAUACAACAAAAGUACUAGUUAACUCUUGACCGGUGCUAAGGUGGUGUGUAUGAAUGUCGGUGACCAAUCUAGUUAUAUUUUUGCGUUUUGAUAAGGCCGUGACCUACGACAGUUUAGGGAAGCACCGCCACGGAUUAGGCGUAUUCACGGUUUUCGCUAGCCACAACCAUUAUGGCGGCAACGGCGUACCUGCCUAACUUCCGGAAGUAGCCUGACGUCACGGCGGAGGUGUGUUGCGUGUAUGGGAAUGGCUCAGGAAUUCAGCAGCAAAAAAAUCCUGUUCGACUUGAUUGGGACGAUCACGCUCACCAAUAUCGACGCUAAUGCAACCACCCAGCCCAAAGUUUCACUUGACUCCGGACCGAGAGCACACACACCGGACGAAGAAGAAAGGCUUCACGUUUGGCUUUUUGGAGGCUCGCCGCCAUGUCUUUUUCCAACAUCCUACCCGACGAGGCAGCUUUUGCCGACUUCAGGAGCCAGUGUUUGUCCACCGACAACUGGCACAGCAAGUACAACAACCACGGCAUGCAGGUGUGGGUUCAAAUCCCUGGGGACAAAGGAAACCACGUUGGACCCAAAGUUCACAAACUCAAGUGCAAGAUCGCAAUCAAGGACGUUUCGGCCGCCGUCAUGUACGACGUGCUGCACGACGGCCAGUACCGAAAGAAAUGGGACCCCAACGUGCUGGAGAGUUUCGACAUCGCCCGCGUCUCCGCCUGCGCCGACAUCGGCUACUACGCAUGGUGUUGUCCCAAGCCCAUCAAGAACCGAGACUUGGUGACGCUGCGCUCGUGGCGGGUGACGGACGACGAGUACGUCAUCAUCAACUUCUCAGUCAAACAUCCGAAACACCCUCCGCGCCGGGACCUGGUUCGAGCCAUCUCCAUCCUCACCGGGUACUACAUCAAACCCACGGGGCCCAACAGCUGCACGUUCAUCUACCUUUCACACGCCGACCCCAAAGGUUCCCUCCCAAAGUGGUUAGUGAACAAGGCUUCACAGGUUCUGGCACCGCGGGUCCUGAAGAGCGUCCACAAGGCGGGCCAGGAGUACCCGGCGUGGAAGCGGCAGAACUCCCCCGCCCAGAAGCCCUGGCUGUACCCGGAGCAGAACACCCUGCCCUUGAUGGACCCGGCCGAGCUGUCCAUCCAGAGAGGCGACUCCCUGGAGAACGUGGACGAGAGUUCCAAGACGGAGGAGUGCUAGAUUGCCAAAAGGGGAUGGAUGUUGUACGCCGGAACGCAGAGCUCAGGAAUAUUCUUGCCAAGUUCUUCCACGUUUACAGUUUUAUGAAGGAUGGAAACCUUGCCAUGCAACGCAGGCCGAGCUGAAACAAGCUGAAGUGUUUGCUUUGGGGGGGGAGGGGGGGGAGUAUUUUAUCUGGAGUCACGUACAUCUUGGGGGGUUGAAGGAGGAGGGCGUUGUUGCAGCACUACAUUUAGGGUCAGUACUUUUUUACUGCAAAUAUAGGCUAGCACAUCAGUGCUAAAGCUGAUGUAUUUAUUGUGGUGCUGUGCAAUCAUGUACAUAGUUUUAUACUGCGUCUUUAUAAUAUAUUUAUUUCACACUCACAUGAAGUUUAUGAUUGAGAAAAGAGUCUGGCAUGAAGCCUGGUGGUAGACAGAUAUUUCUGAUGAUGAUGAAUAUGAUGAAGUGGCUUUUUUUGGACAAAAAUAAACCUGGCAAGGGUAAGGUUUAUUUUUUGCAUUCAUUGCUUGGCUUCUGCCAACGUUUAACAGGCAGUACUGGGUAGUAACAGUUAGUAACAGAUAGUUUCUGAUCCGAUACCGAGUAAAAGUCAGAAUGGUAUCAGUGAUACCAAGACGAUACUUUGUGAAAAUUCACCUAAUGCAUUGGGGACAUUUUAAAAAGUGGAGUAUUUAAUAUCAUAGCACAAACAAUAUAAGACAUUUAAUGAAUUUAUUCAUGAAAUGAUCAAAUAAAGAAUUGAAGAAAUGUAUUUCUGUGAAACCCUACUGUAUUGAGGUAGCAGGGUGAUUUACAAUAUAACAAACAGGACAGUAUCGUAAUAAAUACCUGAAAAUGGCA